UACAAUUGUCUUUUCUAUUGAUCUCACUCACAAAAAUUUUCUUACUCAUAAAAUUUGCAAACAUGUCUCCAACUCCUCACCCCCUACAGAUGCUCUCCGUUGAAGAGACGGAAAAAGCUCGCGAUAUCGUGCUGGCCCGUCACCCAGAUCACGUCAUUGAGUUUCGUCAAGUGGAUUUGAAAGAACCAUGCAAGAAAGAUCUCGUGCCGUUCCUUCAAAUUGAGCAUGAUGGUCAACUCUACCAGAUGACGUCGAGGCCUCCACGAAUGGCUGAAUGCCACUACGAUAUAAUUGCUGCAGAUAGGGCGAUUCAGUAUCACGAAUCAUUGGUUGACCUAGAACAAGGGAAGAUGGUAGAAAAUAUCGUGGUGGGCAAGGAAUUCUGUCCCAGUCUAACACUCGGAGAGUUCGAUACUUUGAUUGAAGUCUGCGAAGCUUCCGCGGUCUUUAAAUCUGCCAUCAAAGAGCUCAAUCUUCCAUCUCAUAUGGAAGCCAUUAUCGAGCCUUGGCCAUAUGGAAGCCUCGAAGUCGGCGACGAGCCAGGCCGCUAUUUCCAAGACCUUGUCUACGUAAGGGACACUCGCAAUGGAAACAAUCCAGACUCCAACUUCUACUCAUUCCCUAUCCCGAUGAUUCCAGUGGUUGACUACUACAAGCGAGAGCUUGUCAGAAUCGAGAAACUGGCUACUGGUGGAAAGGGCGACCCUUUGACCGCAUCUGCUCGCGACUCAAUGAACCAUCCGCUAGCUCACUGCACUACUGCGGAAUAUGUGCCAGAGUUAAUCGAGGGUGGAGUUCGCAAAGAUCUCAAGGAGCUGAGUGUAGUUCAGCCAGAUGGACCUUCAUUCAAGGUCUCAGACGGAUCCUUAGUUGAGUGGCAAAAGUGGCGAUUUCGUGUUUCAUUUACGGCCAGAGAAGGGGUUGUCAUUCACGAUGUCCAAUACGAUAAUUGGGAUGUCUUCUAUCGCCUUUCAAUCAGUGAGAUGACGGUACCAUACGCAGAUCCUCGUGCCCCAUUCCAUCGCAAGCAGGCUUUCGACUUUGGUGAAGGCGGAGCUGGCAUGUGCGCGAAUAACUUAUCACUAGGCUGUGACUGCUUAGGCGCGAUCAAGUACUUCGAUGCCGUCACAGUUGGCAAGGAUGGAGCUGUCAAGGUUCAACCAAAUGUCAUUUGUCUUCAUGAACAGGACAACGGCAUCGGGUGGAAGCACACAAACUGGCGCACUGGCCGUGCGGUCGUCACUCGCAACCGUGAGCUCGUUGUACAAUUUAUUCUCACCCUGGCCAACUACGAGUACAUCUUUGCGUACAAGCUCAACCUUUCCGGCGAGCUUGAUAUCGAAGUCCGGGCCACCGGAAUUGUGUCAUGUGUCAAUAUUGAUGCCGGCAAGGCCAGCGAGUACGGCAACGUCGUGAACCCGGGAGUUCUCGCACAGAACCACCAGCACAUAUUCGCAGUGCGCAUAGAUCCUGCCAUCGAUGGCCAUGCAAAUACCGUCAUCCAAGAAGAGUCUGUUGCAGAACCCAUGAACAGCAAAACAAAUCCCAUGGGCAAUUUCUACCGCGUCGUGCAGACCCCUAUCACUCGGUCACAGUGGGCUGAUGCAGCGCCCCUCAGAAAUCGUAUCUUCAAGAUUGUUAACCCCUCUAAGCUGAACCCCAUCAGUAUGAAACCUGUGGGCUACAAGCUUGUGCCACCACCAACCCAGCUGCUACUCGCGGACCAAAGAUCUCUCCAAGCAAAGCGAGCGCUUUAUGCUCAACACCAUGUCUGGGUCACAAAAUAUAAGGAUGGAGAGUUAUGGGCUGCUGGAGCUUACCCCUUUCAGAGUCAAGGAGAGGUUGGUGGCGUUCAGGAUAUGGUGGACCGAGGAGACGAUGUUGAGAACGAGGAUGUGGUUGUCUGGUCGGUUUUUGGGCUCACACACAAUCCGAGGGUCGAGGAUUGGCCUGUUAUGCCAGUCGAGAUUCACCAAAUUCAGCUAAAACCGACCGAUUUCUUUGUGACUAAUCCAAGUAUUGAUGUACCGAGCAAUAAAAACUUUGCCAGUCAGUUGGUCGAAAAUGGAAAGUGUUCUGGCAAGGACCUGACUAAUUUGAAUGGCUCAAACGGGGUGAUCACUGCCAUUAAUGGAUCCACAAAUGGAGUGGUACAUUGAAACCAGUCGAUGGAUUGUAAGAGAAGUUGAAAAUGUUGGCAGUGAAAUUCACUCGUUUGGUGCUCUAGAGGCUCUUUUCAGAAUUCUAGCACUCAAAUAUUCAUCAGGAGUCUAAAGCAAAUCGUUCGAAUAGAAACAGACUUCGAACUUUGGGCAUAUCGCUCCCUAGUUUUAGCAAAUGUUCCCCCUGAUCUCUCUCCACAGGAACUUGCUACGAGCUCCUCUCGAUAGUAGGGUAGUGUUGGGGGCCGAAUAGCGGGGUAGAGUUGCAAAGAACAACGCACAGCUCACUCCGACACUUCAGAGUUUCUCCUGGCUUGGUG